CGUCACAUCCUGCAAGAAAGUCUUUGUGGAGAAGGCGGGAGAACACAUUGACGAUUGUACAUUUCAGGAAUAAAAACAAACUUUCAAAGUCAGUGUAAUAGAUACAGCACUUUAAGAGUUGCAUAUUUUCAGUUUGUAUAGAUUGUUAAUCACUGUUGUUGUAACCCCGUCGUUAACAAUAUCAGAAUAAAUACGUUGUUAGCAUACAACGUUAACUAUCCUAGCUAGCUAAGUAUAGAAAUCUAGCUACCUAAAUUCGGACGGGACGAUAUGGCAACUAAGAAGUCAACUGAAAUGGAUGUCUCCCUCCCCUUAUCUUCCUUACGCCUCCUGGCCCCUCCUCUCCGGCUGGUCUCAGCUGCCAUGUGGAAGGUGAUAAAGGAACGCGAUGUGAUGCAUUAUGGGACGCUGGAGGAGUUUGUGACCUCAACCUGUGAGACAAUACCUGGCUUGCUCACAUCUAGACACCAGGCCAAGCUGGCUCUGGGGCUGAGAGCACGGCUGAUCUUAGAACUGUGCCAUGGCCCGGACCCACCAGAUCCAGCGGUUAUCCUUCCCCAGUUGGACAGGAUCCGUGCCCCCACCCCUUCCUCUGCACUGAAGAAGGAUGUGAAGAUUGAGACAGCAGUCACCAACUUACAUGGCCUGGUGGAAGCUCUCCUGAGAGACCCCACAGAGAGAGCACUGUUCUACAAGGUGGAGUUUCCUUCAGAGUAUGGCCCUCAGUUUGACCAGGAACUGGAGAAACUGCUGUGGGAGUUCCUGCUCAGACUGAACCAACUUCUCCCGGUGCCUAACCUGGCUCAGACAGUGUCCUGGCUCACUACUGCCCCUCCUGUCUUGGAGGAGUGUGCGCAGGCUGCCUCCCAACCCCAGCUCCUGAAGACCCUGCUCCAGCACCAGAUCUGCCUGGGACACCUGGAUUCUGCAGCUUCUCUUCCUCCGUGUAUGGGCGACUCCAUCCUCUCAUCCCUGUCUCUCCCUCCCUCUGGAAGAUCUCAGCAAAGCGAACAAUCAGGAUAUAAGCCUGCCUUUGUUGCCACCCCAAGCCCUCGGACUUUAACCCCAUUGACCAAUCACAGACAGACACAAAACAGGUCAUUGCCCAUCACGCCUGUGAUUGGUGGGAUUUGCAAUGAAGACCUGCCAGUCAUGGCUUCAGCCAAUAAGAGGGCAAGAACUUGCAAGGAAGAAGUUACUAUCCAAUCAGAUUCAAGAGAAGUGGAGGAGGAAGCUGAGUCAACGGCGAGGUCAAAAUAUACUGAGGUGGAAAGUAGGGAAGAGGAAUCUGACGAGGAGGUGAAAGUCAUGAGAAGAGGGAGGAAGAGGAGGAGGAGUGCGAGAGAUAGAGAGAGUAAAAGAGUGCUCAGGAGAGGGCGUGGGGAAGAGUUAGUUAGAGAUGGAGAGAGUGAAGAGGAGGAUACGACGAGUGGUAUAGAUGAAGAGACUGAGGGAGACCUUCUAAGGGACUGUUUGGUCCAGUUGGGGAUCGCAGGCCUCAAGUUUCCGGAAGACCAGCGCCUCUGCUCUUACAUCACAUCCUGUCUGCGCAACCAACCCAGAGUGCUCAUCCCCCGACUGACUUCCACAGACAUCACCGCACCUGUGAGGUCGCAACCUCCUACUCCUUCCCGCAGCAACGGGACACCAACAGCAGGGGCAGGGAGGUCUCCAUGGGGACAGAACAACAGGCCGAGGAUAACGGCGCGUCGGAUUCCUUCGACCCGGCAACGGAAGUUGAAUGACAGCUCAUUGACCCUAGAUGUGGAGCUUCCAGCAUCAGCUGACAAAGAGAACUGUGUCUUUCCUUCAGUUAGCUCUCCCUCCAUUGUCCCUCUGCCUCAAAUGAGAAGAAGCACAGAAAUGCUGACCUCGCCAGUAACCAGUGACACUGAUGACAUCAUUGGAGAUUCAGAGGAUGAAGCGACAAAGAAUUUCAAAGGCAGGCUGUUUAUGAAGCGUUACUACAGGACCAAGCACGACACCUAUGUACCCACCCUCAGGGAGUUCUGGAAGCCCGGCCUGGCCCGACGCAACCUGCUGUCUCCUGGCAACGGACACAGAUGACACACGCAUCCAUGGGGAGCAAAAUAUGAAUUGUAUUCAGUAGGUGGAAAACGUUUUGAAACAGGAAGGGUACCAUCUGAACUUUUCCAAUAUGAACACAGAUUUGUUUCCUGCUGCAAAAACAUUUUGCUACGGUUUGGCCAACUGAACACAACCAUGGUUGUAAAAGUGAAUGACUGGCAGUUUUAGGAUUCUUUGUAUCUGAAUCACUUUGCAAUAAGCAUUAUUUUAAAACCUGUGGGACUUUUAUUUUGAAAUCAAGUGGAUUGACCUAUGUCACCAAUACUUUACAACCUGUGUGCUGUAAUAAUUGUCAGAGUUCAGCUGUGCCAGCACAUUUUAUUUUAGGGGUCAUGGUAAUAUCGAGACGUUGAUAACUGAGGCAAGAGCUUUCACAUAUUGGUUGAGAAGUUUUGCUAAUGUAUUUUUCCAUUUCCAAUUAUUAUCAAUUAUAACUCUGACAAUUAAGUAAUAAUUGUCAGUUAAAUUGUUCAACAGAUUAUUUCAGCUCAAUAUCUUCAGAUACUGAUGCCUGGUUGUGAUAACUGAGACAACUUGUAGAAAAUAGUUUUGCUAAUGUAGUUUUCAAUUAAGUAUUUGUCAAAUAUGUCCAUUUAUUUACUCUAUUGCACUGUAAAUGAGUGGUGUUUUAAUGUGUACUUUUUGUAUCUUGUCAUCUAACCUUUCAUACAACCGUAUUCUAAUAGCUGUAAUGACAUGACAGAUUUUCUGAUCACGAAUCAAAUGUAAAUGAAGCAUCUGCCAAAUAAUUUAGUAGUACCUUUGUCACAUAUCCAAUGUCUUUAUUACUGUGUAAAGAACUACAAUAAAAUGUAUUAAACUA